GCGAGCAUUCCGUUUGCUGUGAUUGGUUCGAACCAGCUGAUUGAGGUGAAAGGGAAGAAGAUCAGAGGUCGUCUCUACCCCUGGGGGGUCGUAGAGGUGGAGAACCCAGAGCACAACGACUUCCUCAAACUACGCACCAUGCUUGUGUGAGUCACCACGACAAUGCAAUGCAACUUUUGUUUACAAACCAAUUAAUCAAAUGUACGAACAGGUAGCCUAUAAUACCACAUGUAAAGGAAUCUAUGCAUGCUCUUAUCCCUGCUUUCCUUUGAUAUGUAUUACUAUAUUGCCACCUAGUGGAUGAAUAGAGAACUUCAAGUCUGCCCAUCUGUUGCUUCGUCAAGUGGUGUAGUCUAGUCUAGUGGGUGUUAUGGGGGUUCCCACUAGCCGAAUAGUGAUACUGACACGUGUGAUGGUUGUGUGUGUGGGUGUUAUGGGGGUUCCCACUAGCCGAAUAGUGAUACUGACACGUGUGAUGGUUGUGUGUGUGGGUGUUAUGGGGGUUCCCACUAGCCGAAUAGUGAUACUGACACGUGUGAUGGUUGUGUGUGUGGGUGUUAUGGGGGUUCCCACUAGCCGAAUAGUGAUACUGAUACGUGUGAUGGGUUGUGGUGUUGUGGGUGUUAUGGGGGUUCCCACUAGCCGAAUAGUGAUACUGAUACGUGUGAUGGUUGUGUGUGGGUGUUAUGGGGGUUCCCACUAGCCGAAUAGUGAUACUGAUACGUGUGAUGGUUGUUUGUGUGGGGUGUUAUGGGGGGUCCCAACUAGCCGAAUAGUGAUACUGAUAUGUGUGAUGGUUUGUGUGUGGGGGUUAUGGGGGGUUUCCCAACUAGCCCGAAAUAGUGAUACCUGAUACGUGUGAUGGUUGUGUGUGUGGGUAAGUAUGGGGGGUCCCACUAGCCUGAAUAGUGAUACUGAUACGUGUGAUGGUUGUGUUGUGGUGUCAGCACACCACAUGAGGACCUGUCGCAGGUGGUGUGGGGAUGCACUACGAAGGAACUUCGGUGAGAGGAUGGAAGAGAGUAUGGCGGUUCCAGGUGAUCUAUAUAUGUGUGUUUUACCACACACACGAUAUACACACUACAGUGUGGUUGUGUGCUGGGGUAUGUUCCUACUGCCUGAUAGUCCCUACGAUCGUGGAGGGUUGUGGUGUGGUAAAGCGGUUCCCUGCAGGGUAGGAUAGUGAGGUGAGUAGUUCUAGGGGUUCAACAUGAUAGGGUACAUAUGGUGUUUGUGCUGUGGGUUUUGGGUUCCCACACUGCCGAAUAUAACUGAUGCUAUGUUGAUUGGUGUGUGGUGUUUGGUCCACUGCCGAUGUAUGAUAUGAUACGUAUGAUGGUUGUGUGUGGGUGUUAUGGGGGUUCCCACUAGCCGAAUAGUGAUACUGAUACGUAUGAUGGUUGUGUGUGGGUGUUAUGGGGGUUCCCACUAGCCGAAUAGUGAUACUGAUACGUGUGAUGGUUGUGUGUGGGUGUUAUGGGGGUUCCCACUAGCCCAAUAGUGAUACUGAUACGUGUGAUGGUUGUGUGUCCAGCACCCACAUGCAGGACCUCCAGGAGGUCACUCAGGACCUGCACUACGAGAACUUCCGCUCAGAGAGACUGAAGAGAGCUGGCAGGUCAGUCUCCUAUAUGCAGUGUUUUACACACACACACACACACACACACAGGCUGGUUGAUGCUGAGGUUAUUACAGUAAUAUGUUCCUUAUUAUUCCCCUACAGAGCUGUGGAGGAGGAUGUGGUUGAUAAAGACCAGAUUCUCCUGCAGAAGGAAGCUGAGGUGAGUAGCUUCUACAGGGUUAACAUGAGAGACAAU